GGUCAGGCGUCACAAGACAUAGAGCCGAGGACAGAUUAGCAAGGAUGAUACAUCAGCAUGAUGCAAUGCGGACCCGGAUUUAUGGAGAAGGCCUUUGACUCAGGUAUUGUCAACGGGCUAAGAGAUACAAUGGCGACUCAGUUAUUCAAAGAAUCGAGAAACCGCGCAAGGUGAAGGAGAUGGCAGCCAGCCAGCCAGCCAGCCAAACAAAACGGGAGGUCAAAUUAUACCUUGGGGACGCGAGACCAGGAUCUGGCGAGGGGAAAGUCAGCCACUUGAACGGUGAUUUUCCACAAGAGAUUAGGCCGAGGCGAAGAGACUGGGGGUCCGGCGCCGGCAAGGUUUCACGUGCGGGCCGGCCGGGAAAGCAACCUCAUACGCCGUUUGCCAGUGAUCUACAAGCGAGAUUUUUACGUUACGGUUUAAGGCAGGUACUGAAGUUGAAGGUCCAUGUUUAGGGCGCCUUUGGCUUGGUGUGUUUGAGCACGUCCAGACGACGACUGAGUGGUAGGCGAACCAUGACGACGCAACAAAGGCCAAUGAAAUUACGCAAGAGACUCGUGCUAUAUAGUAUGAACGAAGAAGAAAAGAAGAGGAAGAAGAAAAAAGCUUGAGGAUGAGGCUCAAAGAUACUAACGGCUGAACGGUUUCAUAGAUGACAGGUUGUUGGAACAUGGAAUAAAAGCCGCGGCGGGCCAAGUCAAACAUAGGCGAGAUGGAUCCGUUUGGUGGUGAUCGAUAUCGGUAGCCCCCGCUCAUCAAUGAUGGAUGGGAACUGUGGCUUGUUAGUUCGUACAUAGGCAUGCAAACUGUCUGUGGAUAUGAGCUGAGCAUCACGAGGGACCACGGGGCACAGAUGUCUCUCCCAUUCCCAGAAGGUGAAGGGCCAUGCUUCUCGCGUAUCUCGUCUACGACCUUAGGUCAAUCCAUGGACCAUGGCGGAAACAGCAACCUCUGGGGUCCAGGUUGGGGUCACGGUGGAUGGGUCUGUGUAUGUAUGUAUGUACAUACAUACAUGGGGGGGCAUGAAGAUCCUGGAUCUGGAGAAUCUUUGGGAGCACUCGCAUGGCCAACAUAGGUAGCGGGUUUGGCGGGUCCCCCUACCUGUCUAUAUGCAGAGAUGCAGCCUCUCGCUGGCCAUGGCAUUUCUCCAUGAUCAUACUUGUACAUACAUUGUCCAUGAAGGGAGGAGAGCCACAUAGCGGGAACUGUGUGAGUGCGGGAACGGAUGGACAGUGAACGAGGAUCGUGGGUUGGGCUGGGUUGGUUAGGCUGGGCUGGGCUGGCUGGGGACAUGAAUUGGUGUGGUCCGGGGUCUUGGGGCGAUCGUUCCCGCACCUCCCUCCCUCUGCCAUAGCUUCCUGGGGCUCCAUCUGACUGCUAACUAUCCGGACCUAGGAAUGCAUUUCUUAGCAGUCUGCUGGGCGGUGAGUUCUUAUAGUAUCUCAUACGCAUUUGCGAGCUCUUGUGACGCUCUGUAGAGCGCCUUAUCAAGCAGGAAAGGCUACAUCAGAGGCAUGACAAGGACAAGGGGGGUUUAAGAGUGGACAACGGUGGAACGGGUCAUGAUUCUGGGGUCGCGAUUGAUCGACUCGGUUGGCGUUCCAGGCAUCUGGAGCCUUUUGCGACAGGACGUUGGAGACCUGCAACGUUAUUGCAUAGAGGUGGGUUCCAUCUAACUAAACAGCUGACUGAGAAUUAAUAGUGUCUUGAUCACUUCAUGGUAUUUUCCCCAUCCUUGCUGGAGCCUUUCGAGGCGUGUGAGGAACCUCGGCUCGUUUGAUUCAUUAUGAAAUACCAUCACGGGAGAUUGUGAUUCCGGAUCUUGAGUGCACUACCUUGACGGGCUGUCACUGAUAACUUGAUCAGGUUCCUCUAAUACUGUGCAGCUGUCGAGGAACAGAAUGUAAGGCUAGAGUGUUCUAACGAUGAGCAAACAAGGGAAUGCAACAUGAGUGCGACUUUAUGAGGUCCCCUUCGUUUCUCGCGAAGGCUGGAAGAAACAAGAUUCACAUCUCGAAUGACAAGAAUGAAGGCAGCAGUUAGCGAAGGUGAGACCUUCUCGCGGAAGAGAUGCGAUGUGGGUCAAACAAGGUGAUAAAUGUACACGAUAUGAGACAAGAUAUCACGGGCCAAAAAAAAAAGGUGAGACACAGGAAGCAAGACGACAUCAAAGUGUUUCCCAUCCUGUCUCGACUGGCACCUCGCUGGCUGGGUGCUGCGAUGCUUCAAUAUCUGUUUGUCUUGCACGGCAAGAGUCUCUGUGCAGAUAUCUACAUACGAACAACUGGAAGCUCGCCCAAACAGAUCACAUAUACGGAGAUGAGAAGAGAGUUAUUAUCAACUAUGCGAUGAGAAAUCAAAAACGUCAAUCAAGGUCUGCGACGCAGCAACGUUUCAUGUCAUCGAAGGCAGAACUGCUAGCCAUGUAAUGGGAUCUGCAUGCAGUUAGCAUCGUGACGGCGCCCACAGGACAAGCGACAGGCAGACAUUGGAGGCUAGGGCGACAAAGGGCGCUUGCGUGCAUGGACAUGGAGCAUGGAGUGAGCGGCAUACCCACACACCCGUCACAGGGAAUGGGACCACACAGAGCACGGUGCGACAAUGAGACCCAGUGUAGCGGAUCAGAGGCUGGCGAGGAUCUCCAUAUCCAUAUCCAACAGUCUAUCUCGAGACUCAAGUCUUGUUAGACCAACUAACUUAGUACUGAGCAAACUGAUGGAUCACUGAUGCCAUGUCGAAAUCUUCGAUCAACAUUCUAUCUUGGCCGGGAGAAUAGAGCUAAUCAUUUUGACUCAUCUCUGUGCAGACUUUGAGUUAAUGUCAUGAAAAUACACAGGCGAGUGCGGAUAUUUGGCCUUAUCCCAUUCGAGAAUCUAGGUCCAUCUCAAAGAUAGGAGCCUUCUUAGUGCAUGGAUCUAUCAGAAAGGAAUAUGCCAAAAGACCGCAACUCGGCUUUCAUUGUAAGGUUCAGAAUCAAGCCAUGGCCAGGAGACUUUGAGAAACCAAUAGCCUAUGAUAGAGAGGAAGC